AUGGAAAUGAGCCCUCACACUCCCACAACCUUUGUGGUGUUUCACACGGGUGAGGAUGCGAUCACAGCAGCUCAGGAUCAUUACUUAAGCUCAGCUCAUGGCCCCGCGGCUUUACUGGCUAUUGCCGAGAAGCGCGGGGUGUACAACGACGCAAAGCAUCAUGAUCCAUUUAUCAAAAGCGUUCACGAGUCGCGUCUCGGCAGUCCAGCCGAAGUGGCACUCCAAACUCCCACGAGUUCUCAAAGUCGGGGUAUCCCCGCCACCUCACAAGAUACUGUGUUUGACCCUGGCGACGACGUCGACCCACAAUACGUUCCACGUGACAGCGGGCACCAUCAUUCUCGUCGAGAAGAAGCGGCAGCGGGCGAUAACGACUGGGUCGAACGCCGUCCGGUAACUCGCGAUGCUCUUCGAGCUCUUAGGUACGAGGUCUGUCGCGAUCGGGACUCCGCUGAGCGUCAUGCUGGGAUCGCAUACCGCUGCGCUGAAGGCCAAGAGAGCUUGGAGCAUGUUGUGCACCGGCUGCCUCACGUUGAGGACUAUCGCGUUUUGUCAGAGCGUCUCCUAGCCGUUGAGCAGAGGAAUGCGCCGCUUCAUGCAAAGGUGGAGUGCUUGGCGCAGUUGGAGAUGAAGAUUGUUGCACUCCGUGUUCAAAAGCAGUUGCUGGUCCAGCUUCUGGGUGGUCGAGCGCUGGCGGGUGCCGCUCCGUCACCAACAAUUCCGCGUUAA